GGACCAGGGAUGGAGCUCACGUCCCCUGCAUUGGCAGGCCUAAAGACAGCAGUUGCCAAGGCCACUGGCCCCAAGCAGAACUCAGGUGAGGCCUGUAACCCCGGACCCAAGACGCGAGCCCGCUGGGGGCUCCUACUGACCGUUGGGCACUCUUCACAUCCUUCAUCUCCUCCGUCAGCUGUGACCUGGCAUGUGAAAGGACGAGAGGGGACUCUGCCGGGUGGGUGCUGGGCCAGUCUCCCCACCGCCACUGCCCCAGCUGCCAGCACAACAGAAAAUGCUGCAUGGAACACUUUGGAACACAAGUGCUUUCUCCUGCAUGAGCUUGGCUCUCCAGGCCCUGGCACUGAAAUCCACCUUCUGUCUCCAUGCAUUUGCCUACUCUGGACAUUUCAUAUAAAUGGAAUCACACAGCAUGUGACCUUUUGUGACUGGCUUCUCUCACUAGCAUCGUGUUUUCAAGAUUCACCCACGUCGUGGCCUGUGUCAGCAGUUCAUUCCUGUUUAUGGCCAAAUGAUACUUCAUUGAAUAAAUAUACCACCAUUUGUUUAUCUACCCAACAGCUAAUGGACAUUUGGGUUGUUUCAACUUUUUGGAGCAUGCCUGGUUCUUGGGGUGGGCUGGGGGAGGGCUCAGGCCAGGCUCAGGCGGGGCUUCCUCUCCCUUCACCCAGCUCUGCUUCCAGUGAGUCUCCCCCUCACAGCCUGCAGGGAAGUGCCAGGAACCCGCCCCUCGCGGCUCCGUCUCCCUGGAGUGUGGGUGGUGGUCUUCACUUGCUAACUCUCCUGUAACACUUCGGCUCAUAUCCCCAUCCCCACCCUGGUCUCCUCCCUUCCUUCUCCAUCAUUUCCCACCUGCUCUGUGGUGUGGAGAGACCAUCACAGCCCCUCUGAUCUCCUGCUGCCUCAGCCUGCCUUUUUGAAACAUCACUUUCUGCCGCCACAGCUUGCAAAGACUUUUUCAAACAGGAACAUGCUUUCUCCUCUCAUCAGGCUGGCUGGGGAUGUAGUCUGUGCGGCCACUCUGGGAAGCACCUGGCAGCUCCUGAGCCACACGUGUGUGUAAGUCUGGAGCCACCAUCCCAUGCUGGGGGUUUCCCAGGAAUCUCCCACCUGGAUUUGUAGGAAGCUGCAUGGAGGUUUCUCAUGGUGUUAUUUAUGGCCCUGACGACUAGGAUUAAAUUAGUGGUCCAGGGACUUACCUGGUGGUCCGGGGUUAAGACACUGCACUUGCAUUGCAAGG